GAAACCAAAAGCUCAAAACACACAGAAAACAGAAAACUCUGUUUCUGAAACAGAGCAAUGGGAAUGGGGGAUACAUUCGAGUACAAUUACCAAAACAACAACUCCUGUUCAUCUUCAGCUCCUGCUUCUUCGGUCUCAGUUGCUCAGAGUCAUUCGUCCACGGACGAAAUCUCUCUUUUUCUGCAGCAAAUAUUGGUGCGUUCUUCGUCUUUGAGCGGACAGCAGUUCUUGUUUUCGUCUUCGCCGGCUGGUUAUGCUCUGCCGGAAAAUCUCGGCCGUCCGAGCAAUGAUAGUUUCGUGGGAGGCGGGAUCAGGGGAGUUGAUGGUUCCAUGGCGGUUGUAACGGCGAGUGGUCCAAAUGUAUCUUCGUCUUCGGUCGGAGCUAGUGAAAAUGAGGCCGACGAGUAUGAUUGUGAAAGCGAGGAGGGUCUUGAAGCAUUGGUAGACGAGGCGGCAGUGAAAUCAGGUGGUCGAAGUUCUUCAAAGAGAAGCAGAGCUGCAGAAGUUCAUAAUUUGUCUGAAAAGAGGAGGAGGAGUAGGAUUAAUGAGAAAAUGAAGGCAUUGCAGAAUCUCAUCCCAAAUUCUAACAAGACAGACAAGGCUUCAAUGCUUGAUGAAGCCAUUGAGUACCUCAAACAGCUCCAGCUUCAAGUACAGAUGUUAUCAAUGAGAAAUGGCAUGAGUUUGCAUCCCAUGUGCCUACCUGGAGCUUCGCAAUUCUCUCAGAUAAGAAUGGACUUUGGUGGUGAGGAAAAUAGGCCUGUGCAUUUGAACAUGUCAGGCAUAUUGAAUAUGAACCAGGAUACCUCAACACAAAAUUUGUACAAUCCAAACCAGUCCUAUGUACCAGAUUUGUCAAAUGUAGUCAAUUCAGAAGAUGCAUUUGGAUUGGAAGCAUCUAUUCAGGCUCACUUGGGACCCUUUCAGCUCCCAAACUCAUCCAAGGGAAUCUGCAGGGAUGAACUGUUGCAGCAUCAACCAGUUAGUGUAAAUCAUUCAGAGACUAAUCCUUUAGAAUUUGAAUUGGGAGCCAUGGCUACAGUUUCACUUCCCUAUAAUGCUCAAGUAUCUGAUCAGAAGGGUAAUGGUUCCCUGGAAACAAGCAUCAUAGGAAGAGACCGCAAAGAAAGCAAGCCCUUAAAGUUGAUAGAACAACAUCAUCUUGACAGGAAGAAGGGUACUCAGUAAUAAGACUAGGACUGCAAGAAGGACGCCGUGGUUAUUGUAUGCUUGGCAUUUUGGAUUAGGUGUAGCCACGAGUACUUAGUGACAACUUCUGGUAUUCUUGAA